UGCGACAGGUAAACAUGGCGGACGCUGAUGGAGGAGGCGAGCGAAAACAGAAUGACAGCAUUCCACACACCCAAGGUGAAACAGACACGAAGAAUCAUGCGAUCGCACGUGCUAAAACUGAAGGGAAAGAGCUGACCAAAGAGGAGAAGCAACGUUUGAGGAAAGAGAAGAAACAGCAUAAGAAAAACAAGAAGGAUGACAAGAACACACCAGAGACUGAGACAGAGAAGAAGCCAGCAGCCCCAGCUGUAACGCAGCAGACCACACCAGUGGUGAAAGCCGCUGCGGUGGUGCCUGCGGCUGCAGCAGAGGCGCCUGCACCCACACCCGCAGCUGCAGCUGCAGACAAGCCGGCCAAGACCAAAGCGGAGCUGCGGGCCGAGAGGCGUGCCCGGCAGGAGGCGGACCGGGCCACCAAACAGGGCAAGAAAGGGGAUCCCAGCCAGCCGCCCUCUGCCAGCAAAGCCAAGGCUCCGCCCAGCGACCUGCAGCCAGUGGUGAAAAGACUUCCAGAACACGUUCAAGCUGACGACCCUGCCGUCGUGAAGAAACUGGCCAAGAAAUUAGAAAGGCAGCAGAUCCCACUGAGGUCAGACUAUGGCUACAAAGUCAGCCUCUUUUCCCAUCUACACCAGUACAGCCGGAAAGCCCCUCUCACCCAGCACAUCAGCAUCCCCUCCACUGUGAUCCACCCCUCCAUCGUGAGGCUGGGUCUGCAGUACUCGCAGGGCAUUGUGGCUGGCUCCAACUCCCGCUCCAUCGCCUUGCUGCACGCCUUCAAACAGGUUAUUCGGGACUAUACCACCCCUCCAAACGAGGAGCUGUCCAGAGACCUUGUUAACAAACUCAAACCCUACAUCAGUUUUCUGAAUCAAUGUCGCCCUCUGUCGGCUAGUAUGGGAAAUGCAAUCAAGUACAUCAAAAAGGAAAUCUCCAAUAUCCCUAGUCAGUGUAAAGAGGAAGAGGCUAAGGACAGACUGCUCAAGUGCAUUGACAGUUACAUCGUAGAGAAGAUUCAGCUGGCCGCUAAAGCCAUUGCGAAAUAUGCCAUUGAGAAAAUCAGCGAUGGUGAUGUCAUCCUGGUGUACGGAUGCUCUUCCCUGGUUAACCACAUCCUGUUUGAGGCCUUCGAGAAGGAGAGGAAGUUCCGCGUCAUCGUGGUGGACAGCCGACCGAGGCUGGAGGGAAGGGAAGCCCUGAGGCGGCUGGUAAAGAAAGGGAUCCACUGCACCUACGUCCUGAUCUCCACCCUGUCCUACAUAAUGCCGGAGGUGUCGAAAGUGUUUCUCGGAGCCCACGCUCUGCUGGCGAAUGGUUAUGUGAUGUCACGCGUGGGGACAUCACAGAUCGCCCUGGUUGCCAAGGCCUACAACGUGCCUGUGCUGGUGUGCUGCGAGACAUACAAGUUCUGCGAAAGGGUGCAGACCGACUCCUUCGUGUCCAACGAGCUAGAUGACCCGGACGACCUCAUAGUGACCCGGAAGGGGAAGACACAGCUGGAGAAAUGGCAGGAAGUGAGGUCGCUGGGGCUGCUGAAUCUGGUGUAUGAUGUCACGCCGCCGGACUUUGUGGACCUGGUGAUCACAGACCUGGGGAUGAUCCCCUGCACCUCAGUGCCAGUCGUACUGCGGGUGAAGAACGUGGACCAGUGAGGCUCCACCCGCUGCGUUCCCACAAUGCCGAGCGUGUCCGCGCAUACCAUGCUUUCCUUGGCAUGCAAUAAACGUAUUUAAAAUGGAAUAUUGUUUUAACUACGCCCUGCUGUCUCUUAUUUCCUCGUUCAAACAGUUGCAGGUAGUACUGCAUUGCGCUCGAGUGCUGCUCUACAGGUGUGGCGGUGCUACUGUGCCCUGAAGUAAUCUGUAACGCAUGGCGCGCAAGCUGUGUAUCUUGAUAAUUGGCAUCACCCACUAAACAGUGCAACCAAAAUCAGACUAGCUGGCCCUGAACAGAUUUGCACUUUCAGUAGUUUGGCAGUUUAGAGCAAUGAAUCUAUAUAGAGUCUUGUCAUUGUGAAGAAGGGA